AUGUCCACAUCAAGGAACAGCUCUGCACAUCCUAUGUCCUUCAUCCUUCUAGGAAUUCCAGAUCUGGAGAACUUCCAGUCUUGGAUAGCAUUUCUGUUCUGUUUCAUGUAUGUGGUGGCUUUUGUUGGCAAUAUCACAAUCCUACAUAUAAUCAGAACUGACAACACUCUUCACGAGCCCAUGUACCUCUUUCUAGCAAUGCUGGCUACAUCUGACCUGAUCCUGUCCUCCUCUACCCAGCCUAAAAUGCUGGCCAUACUCUGGUCUCAUGCUCAUGAGAUUGAAUAUCAUGCCUGCCUCAUCCAGGUAUUCUUCAUCCAUGCCUUUGCUUCUGUAGAGUCUGGGGUGCUCAUGGCGAUGGCCUUGGACCGCUAUGUGGCCAUCUGUUUUCCACUGAGACACUCUAGUAUCCUGACUACAACCGUGGUGGUAAAAUUAGGAGUGGCUGUGAUGCUGAGAGGGCUAUUGUUGGUGAGCCCCUUCUGCCUCAUGAUCUCCAGAAUGCCCUUCUGCCCCAACAGGGUCAUUCCCCAGUCAUACUGUGAGCACAUGGCUGUGCUAAAAUUGCUGUGUACUGAUACCAGAGUCAACCGUGCUUAUGGGCUCUUUGUGGCCUUCUCUGUGGUUGGCUUUGACAUUCUCGUCAUCAGUGUAUCUUAUGUGAUGAUUUUGAGAGCUGUUCUACAGUUGCCCUCAGGUGAAGCCCGCUUCAAGGCUUUUGGCACAUGCGCUUCUCAUAUCUGUGUUAUCUUGGCCCUGUAUAUCCCAGCCCUUUUUACCUUCCUCACCCAUCGCUUUGGCCAUCAUGUGCCUCGAGUGGUACACAUCAUGUUUGCUAAUGUCUACCUCCUGGUGCCACCCAUGCUCAACCCCAUCAUCUAUGGAGUUAGGACAAAGCAGAUCAGGGACAGGGUUUUGCGAGUAUGCUAUGAAAAAGAUGUCUAA